AUGGCGAAUCCCUUCUUAAUGGACGACGAGCCGAUGGGUGGCUCUGAACCAGUUUCGAACCCAUUUCUCUUUGGUGAUGACGCACAAGAUGAAGACGAUGGCGCGACGGGGGUGGAUGACAAUCCAUUCUUGGCGCAGGCCAGCAAUCCGUUCGCAGAUUUUGGUGGAGAGGCGGACGAACCGGCUGCAGCUGAUACAGCACCUAUCAUGAACGAUCUGUUUGGGACUGCGGGAGUCAACGCGGUGGUCACGACCGGUGCCGAAAUAUUCGGAGUGUCCGAGACGGUUAUGUCGCAGAGUUCCCUCUUCCAGCCACCAGAACAUCCAAACGGUGGUGCCAAUUUCUUCGAUACUACAAUCAACGAAGACGACGAUCUGGUUAUUCCAAAGCCAACGCAUUUACAACUUGGGCCGCACACGAACAGCAAUCUAAUGGACGACUCGUUGAUGAAUGCCUAUUCCAGUGAAGAGGAACUGAAACAAACCAAAGAUAACCAAAAGGCUCCCCCGCCUAGGCCGAUCCCUCCAUCGCAGGCAACGCAGCAACUGAUCAGCUCAAUCGCGGACCAGCUUGAUCAAACUAGCACAAAUCUACUCCGACAGAUCCCGGCUACCAGAACGCCCAGUCCGGUGUCCAUGAGAGAUCUACACUCUCCUAGUCCAACACCCGAUUUUGGCGAUCUGUUAUCCGUUGGAGAGCAGUUCAAAACCGAGCAACAAAAUCAACAAGACGAUCUGUUCGGCACUGGUAUGCCACCGGUCACAGGUAAUGAUAAUCCAUUUGCUGAACCCGCAGUUCCAAUCGCUGCAAAACCCGAAGUUCCGAAGCCUCCGCGCCCAAGACCACCUCCACCGCGCCCAGUUCCUCCCAGAAGCUCACUCGCCUCAUCGCCAGUCACAGCUCCUCCUCCAGUUCCACAACCGGCCGUUGCUCCUGCCGCUCACCCUCAACAGGACGCGGACCUGUUUGAUCUUUUCGGUCCAGCUCCGACGAAAACGGCACCUCCAAAACCUCCAGCACCAAAAACCAAAGAAGACAUCUUAUCCCUCUUUUCAACGCCAGCACCUGCAGCCGCACCAGCUCCAGAGCCUAAGCAAACCGAUCUCCUAAGUGGUGACUUUGACGAUAUUUUCGGAGGUCCUACGGAACCCACCACAGCUGAAACCUUCGUCCCUAAUCUAUCGGAGAAUUUGGUCCAAUCUCAAAUACCGACCACCGCUCCCGCACCAGCACCCGUUGAGGUACUACCACCCGAGCCAGAACUCGUGGAACCAUCAAUUGAACACCCGGUUGUGGAACCAUCACCGGAAAUAGUCCUGGAGGCUCCUCCACCUUCCGAUGACUUCAUUUCUCGCUCCGAAGCAUCUUCAGAUUUCAGUCCAACUGGGUCCAACAUUACUUCCGGAAACAUUCCCAGCUCUGUGUCUGGCAGCAUCGUAAACAUCGCCGCAGUAGAAAAGGUUGAUGAACUGCAGGAGCUGGAGCCCGAAUCAAUGGCAGACUACCCGGCACCUCCACCGGUAGAAGAACAAGAAUUUCCGAUGGAGUACAAUCACGUGGAUGCUGUACCAGUGAGUACUGUGGCGGCUCAACUGUUCUACAGUGAACCCGAGACAACCAUCGCACCGGUCGCCACAGAAACCAUCAAUCCGUUUGCGAUGGACGAUGACACUGAAUCAUAUGUGCCAAGUGUAGAGCCGAUCGUCACCACCACGGCUCCCAUGGAUUACGCCAACGAACUGUUCGGGAAUACGACCAACAAUAAUAUGACGAGUACGGUUACGGUUACAGGGCCAGAUCCGUUGGACAACUUCGCACCCGCUCAGCAACGCCAGGAACCAGAUGCGUUCGAUUCGUUCGCCGCCAAGUUCGAACUGAAGACCAGUAAGAGCGGAACGAACAUUUUCCUGGAAGGAGAUCUUGGAAACGGCACCUCGGAGGACGCUUUCGGGACAGUGGAUGCGUGGGGUGCCGGUGACUUUGGAGGUGGUAGCCAGUUUGAGGACAGCGGAGAUGGUUUCGGUAAUGAAGGUGACGAUCCGUUCCUGUCGAUGCAAGCUCCGCCGGUUCCGGAGGGAACUCCGUUUGGACGGUCGCACUCGCGAGAUUCGGACGAAGGAAACCAGUUCAAUGUGGUGAUUCGACCGAAGGAAGGUUUGGAGUCCGUGUUAGCUCCUGCUUUGGCACCACCGCCGAAAAGUCCGCAGACUGCUUCUAUUUAUUCGGGUGAUUCGUCGCCGCGGGUGAAUCCGUUCGAUAGGGCCGACGACGGGGAGGCUACACUGGCAGCACUGCCAGAUGAAACUCCCCAACUUCAGCGAACUGAUUCGCAGGAGACUCCGCCGACUCCCCUGUUCGAUGAAGACGUUUCGCAACCUCUGGAAGAUUUCCCGCGGGUUAUCUACCACGGCGGUGGUUGGGAGAUGCAGCUGCGUCAACCGAACAAGAAGAAGAUCACCGGACAGCGGUUCUGGAAGAAGAUCUACAUUCGACUCGUCUUCCAAGGGGACAACCCGGUGCUGCAGCUGUACAACGCCGAAAAGGAUAAGGAUCCCUUCCAAGAGUUGCCACUGCAGGCGUGCUACUCGGUGUCGGAAAUAGGGGCGCAGCAGUACGAUAACUUCGGUAAGAUCUUCACCAUCAAGUUGCAGUAUGUGUUUUACAAGGAGCGUCCGGGUGUGAGGCCCGGGCAGGUGACCAAGGCGGAACGAUUGACGAACAAGCUCAGCCAGUUUGCUGCCUACGCUAUCCAGGGUGACUAUCAAGGGGUCAAAGAACUGGGAAGUGAUCUGAAGAAACUGGGACUGCCGGUGGAGCAUGCCCCUCAGGUAUCGCAACUGUUCAAGAUGGGGUCGAUGAACUAUGAAGACAUGAAGCAGUUCUCGGUUUGCAUCGAGGAGGCGUUGUUCAAGAUGAGUGUGCACCGAGACCGAGCGUUGACCUACAAAAUGGAGGAAGUGCAAGUGACGGCAGUUGAUGAGCUGUACGUAGAACAGGAUGCAGAGGGUCACGUCCAUAAACAGAUUGCACGGGUUCGGCUGUUUUUCUUAGCAUUCCUAUCAGGAAUGCCGGACAUUGAGCUUGGAGUGAACGACCUGUGGCGACAGGGUAAAGAAGUGGUAGGUCGGCACGAUAUCAUACCGGUUGUUACCGAGGAAUGGAUUCGUCUGGAAGGGGUCGAGUUCCACGGAUGUGUUCAACAGGACGAAUACGAGAGGAGUCGAACGAUCAAAUUUAAGCCUCCAGACGCGUGCUAUAUCGAGUUGAUGCGCUUCCGAAUCCGGCCGCCGAAGAAUCGGGAGCUUCCGUUGCAGUUAAAGGCCACGUGGUGCGUGACAGGGAACAAGGUGGAGCUGAGGGCUGACGUUUUGGUUCCCGGUUUUGCGUCCCGAAAGCUGGGCCAGAUCCCAUGCGAGGAUGUUUCUAUUCGGUUCCCCAUUCCGGAGUGUUGGAUUUAUCUAUUUAGAGUGGAGAAGCAUUUCCGGUAUGGAUCGGUGAAGUCGGCUCAUCGUCGCACGGGUAAGAUAAAGGGCAUUGAGCGGUUCUUGGGUACGGUGGAGACUUUACAGGAGUCCCUUAUUGAGGUGACCUCCGGACAGGCAAAGUAUGAACACAACCACAGAGCGAUCGUGUGGCGAUGUUCUCGGUUGCCUAAGGAAGGACAAGGAGCUUACACGACGCAUCAGCUUGUUUGCCGGAUGGCGCUGACCAGUUUCGACCAGAUUCCUGAACAACUUGCUCCAUACGCGUACGUAGAAUUCACGAUGCCGGCAACGCAGGCCUCCCACACAACGGUGCGGUCGAUAAGUGUUCAAGAAUCGGAGAGUGAUGAACCUCCGGAGAAAUACGUUCGGUAUCUGGCUAGACAUGAAUAUAGGGUCGGAAUCGAACAUACUACGGGUGAUUCAGUAAAUCCUUACUUGGCGGCUACGGCAGUUUCGAAACCGAUUCAGGAAGAACAACCGAUGGCAACGACUCCUAUCGCUCCCAGUGAUUCGGACUCAGAUUCUAAUUAGGGAGAAGAACGGUAAGUGGACGGGUGACAGUAGAAGAAUGGUAGGCAACCGUUUCCAUGAUUAUGUAGACCAGGCGGUUGAUGUAAAGUAAGACACUGCUUUCAAUACAAGGCGCAGCUUGAGUAUUACAAAAAUGAAUAAAUUAUGCAACAUUUAAUCUAAAAAUGGUAAAUAAACCAAACACUGUGACAGACAAAACAAAAAUAUACUUAGGUGUUAUUAAAAUUAUAUUAGUUUGACAAUAAAGCGUAUUGAUUGAGCGUAAUAAUUAGGCUUAUGAGAAACAAAUGACGAUAAGUAUUAUCAUUAGCAACUAAACUUGGUUUCAUUUGGCGUAAUUAUAUUCGGUGCAUGCGUUUCCUUGUUAGAUUUUUGUCCAACGAUUCAGUGUUAUCAUAUUAAUCCUAUUUGCUUGUAUAUAUUAAAUUCCCAACGAAUAUCUGCAAUUGGACUCUAGUCAUUAGUUGAAUAGCAAUUCUUGAUCUUUCAAUAUCCAACAACCAAACCAAAUGAAAAAUGUAAUAUUAACUCUAGAGUACACACAAUUGGAAGAAAGACAUCAAAUCUAUAGCGAAACAAGUAAUGUAUGUUAUUGUAACCAUUAUGCUCGAGCUGAUGUUGAACAGUUAUGGUAUACAAAGCCAACAAAUCAAUACUCACGGCAAUAUUUGGUUGAGAUUAUUAGGAACUUCUGAAAAACUCGUGAGAAAAAUGCAGAUCAAAAUGAGAAAUCCGUAAACUCCACUCCGUAUCGCCGUUGAUUCUGCUUUUUUGCGGUUCAAUCACCAACAUAUCAGUAGCGACAAGCAAAUCAGUUUCCCGGGAAAUUAAUUAAUCCUCUUUCAAUCAAAAUCGUUUCGCAAACGAACGAAGCCAAACCGUCUCGUGUGCUGUGAUGUCGGGAACGAAUUAGCAAUUCAGAUGAUGACGGUUGAUUCUCCGUUCGUUUUACAGUUUUCAUCUGUUUUGUCCCUAUGUUAGUAGCAAUAAUAAGUGACCAUAGCAGAUCGGAAAUAGAAGGAAGUAUAUACUGUUAGCAUUUAUUGUACAUGUGUUAUCAAAGAAAACCUAAAUAUUACUAAAAGCUAAAAUCUAAAAACUACAGUAUUGAUGAUCAUGUGAAGCCAAGCAUGCAUUGUUGAUUUAUUGAAGAUUACGGAAAACACCUAAAAAUGCUCUACCGAAACAGUGGAAGACCAUGAUAUUUGAUUAAGUGUAAAGCAGGUUAUUAAUUGAGAAGUUUAAAGCAAAAACAGAAAAUUAAUGUAACAGGUUAUAAGUUAUGGUGGAAUGAAUAUACAAAAAUUACAAAACUCACUCUAAAAUUAAUCGUUAUAAAUUUAAUGAAAAAAAAAAAUAACCACAAGAAAACUGAACUUGCGAUAAGGCCCAAACUGAGUCGAAAACCAAAGCAACAAACUUCAAAUGAUGUUAGCAAACACGAGCGGGAAUGCAAACUGACAGUAAGAAAAUAUUGUAACAAUAGGACAUGUAGAUCCACAUACUUGACUUGAAGCUAAUCCAAAGAACACUAAUGGAAACAUAAUAUUGAAAAUAUACCAAUAUAUACAUACUACCGUGAGAAGCGAUAAUAAAAAGAAAGAGAUCAAGUGGAAAGAUGA